GGCAAAGGCUUGUCAAUUGCUAUACCAUUAAGGAAGCAGUAGAUAGAUUGUUUGUUGCUGAAGCUACUGUUUGGAGGGUUGUUGAUAGAUUUCAACACACUGGAGAUGUGUCUGCUAAUAAAGCCAGCCCAAGGGAGCACUGUCUAGAUGAUCAUGAUAAACUGAUCGUCAUUGAGAUGAUUUGAAAAGCCGACUACCUGAAAUUCAGAUUACUGGUAGAUCUACAAGUGCUGCCACAUUAUGCCGUGCACUUAAACGUCUAUAGGAUUCACUCUAAAGAAGGCUUAGAUCUAGGUCUUGCACAAUCUAUCAUUCAUUAACAAUUUGAAACUGUGAACAUGCCCAGCUCUGACUAUUACUAUAUGUACAUACCUGAGGUCAAUUAGUGGUACAUUUCUUUUUUUGUUUUUAAAAUGUGUAUUUCAAGUGAGGUGAAAAAGGUUGUACACUUAGGGUAUAACUGCCAUAUACCAUGGCUGUGGUCAGACAGGUUGUAUAAGUAGAUCUAGUAUAAACUACAACUGAUCUAUAGGCAUAGUACAAAUAACAUUAAUCCCCCUGGGAGAUAGGUGAAGAGCUUAUAGCUUGCAUGGAGCCCCCUCCAAGGAAGCAGUAUUGUUUACUGAGCCCGGUAGUCUAUACAGUAUAGCUAGCUAUAAGCUUACUUCAAUAAUGGCUAGUGGACAAGACUCAGGUGUUCAAGAGCAGCUGGCCGUGGAUCUGUGGGAGGCUGUAGACAAUGAAGAUGUCAGCAAAGUUAGGUCCCUGCUGGAACAGGGGGCCAACCCCAAUCACCAGCUGUAUUGGAGUAAGGAAUGGAGUGACCAGUAUAGACGCCCUCCAGUACAUGAAGCAUGCUUGAGGGGCUACCUGGAGAUCACUAGAGCACUAGUUAGUGGUGGAGCUGAUAUUGAGAAAGGUGACGGAAGAUUGGGCGAGCCUGCAUUUCACUGUGCGUGUGAGGGAGGACACAUGGAGACUGUGGUAUACAUGUCACAGGAUGCGAAAUGUCGUAUUGAUGUGAUGGAUGAUGAGGGACAGUCACCACUGGACAGAGCUCUGGCAGGUCUGUAUGGGAAUAAAGGUUGUGUGGAUGUUUCACUCUACCUGAUGAGCCGUGGCUGUGCAUGUGGUGAUGAGGACAAAUCCAAGUUACUGUGUACAUCAUGUUACCAUGGCAACCUGGGUGUGGUGAAGGAACUGAUUGAACAAUACAAAGUUGACCCCAAUAAUGCGAGGGACAAGUACAACCUAACACCACUGCACAGGGCUUGUCUGGGAGGAUGUAUACAAGUAGUACAGUACCUAGUGGAGGAACUCCAGGUUGAUGUUGAUGUGAGGAACAGGAACAACCAAACACCACUGCACUGUGCUUGUAUGGGAGGAAGUGUACAAGUAGUGAAGUGCUUAGUUGAGGAGGGAAAGUGUGAUGUUGAUUUGAUUAAUGAUGAUGGCAUGACUCCUCUUGACUGGGCAGUACAGAGUGAUCGCACUGAAGUUGUUGAAUAUCUCCGGAAACCCUCCACUCCUGAACCAGAUACUCCAAAUGGUUCCAAACAACUUCCUUCAACUUCUUCAGUGGUUGACCAAACCUCAUCAAGCACUCCAUUGACUGAGGAAGACUCUGAUGCUCUAGAAAAGCUGCUCCUAGACAACAAAAUCUUUUUGACUGGUGACAGAAGAUAUGAGACAGUUGUCCAUCACCUUCGUGAGCUCGGACACAGGGAACUAGCUGCCAACCUCAGAGUGAACCUCGACAAAGUGAUUGGAGAGCAAAAGCGAUAUCUGAAGAAAUUGGACGAUCUGAUGACUGACAAAGAGACUAUCUCCAUGCAGUACCUCCGCCUCCUUUUUAUCGGGCCACCAUCCGUGGGGAAAACAACAACUCUUAGCCGUUUGCUGAAAGAUAUCGAAAAUAUCAGUUCUUCUGGUGACAAGGCAAACCUACACAGUACGCUACUUACCAAUUGCCAUCAAGUGGUCGCCUACAUGAACAAAGAUGCCACAGAAUGGGUUUGUUCCAAAGACGUAGAAGAGGAAGCAAAGAUCCUCUUUGACUACAUGUACAGUAGCAAGAUCGAUGAAGUCCCAAGUGCCCUAACUGAGAAAAAGACAAAAACUGUCCCCGAAAGCGAAAAGCACACUAACGUCACCAAACCACCUUCUCCGGAAAAGCCUCGGUGUAAACCUCAAAAAGAAACACACACUGAAAGACGAGAGGAUACUUACCAACAGAACAGGCUCAUACCCAUCAAGGCUCGACUGCAAAAACUGAUAAAGAACGGAAACUACUCCGAAAUGGCCAAAUGUCUUGGCAACACCUUGCUAAACAUCAAUGAUGUUGGAGGACAACCUGCCUUCCUAGAAAUGCUACCAGCCCUAUGCAAUGGUCCUGCCAUGUAUCUAGUGUUCUUGGAUCUGAGCAAGGAACUUGACAAGCCCUACGAUAUUCCCUUCAGUCGUGACAACACAGUCAUUACUCCAUACAAAGCUGUUCACACAGUGGAAGCCACAGUCUCUCAAAUCCUCUCAGCAGUUGCCAGUAUCCAUCACGUCUCUCGAGAAGAUACCAAGUACAAAACGACCUUCAAAUUAAGCGAGAAGUUUGAAAAGUUCCAACAAGUUCGUCCGGUAGCAGCUUUGAUCGGUACUCACGUGGACAAGUUAGAGAAUCCAAAAGAGAAAAUCAAACAAGUCAACGAUGCUCUGAAAGCAACCACUCAAAAGUUUACCGAGAUCCUUGUAUCACCUCCGCCAGACUCUGAAUCUUCAUUUUUUGCCGUGGACAACUUUAUUGGAACUGAACAGUCUGACAUCGCCCCGAUUCGUGAUUUCUUGAGCGACGUUUUCACCUGUCACUUCAAGGAUGCAUCUCUGCCCAUCAAACCGAAAUGGCUCCUACUUGGCACACUACUGCGGAUGGAGUACUCAAUCGUGUCGAUGGAAGACUGUCUGGAAAUAGGGAGAUUGUUGGAAAUGGAUGAAGAAGACACCAAAUUCUGUCUUUGGUACCUACAAAAAAUUGGAUCCAUACUCCAUUACGGGAAUGUACCCAAUGAUAUCGAUGGCUGGCUAAGCAACCACCUGUUUUGCAGCCCUGAAGUGAUCUUCACUAGCAUCAGCCAACUGAUCCUUGCUGCUUUACGCAUCCUCCAUUCUGAAGGCCACGUCACUGAGUUUGAGAGAGCAGAAUUGGUCAAGAUGGGGCAGUUUUCGCUGGAGGCCAUUAUCAAGUACUGUAAUGGUCCCGAUGUUACAAAGAUGCUCAAGGAAGGAGAUAUUAUCCCAGCCAAGCAUCUCAUCAUACUGCUGCAAUAUCUCAACCUACUCUCCGAAAUUGUCCACAAAGAUGCCAAUGAUCCAAAGAUCACUCGAAUCACGUACCUCAUGCCGGCUAUCUUAGACUGUGCUUCACAAAAGGAGCUGACCAACCCACCUCCACCAGAUACCAACAACCCAGAACCACUCCACAUCACAUUCAGCUUUGGUUACGUACCAACAGGAGUCUUCUGUGGACUCAUCACUCAACUAGUUUCUCAAGGCCCUCAUGGAGUUCUCGGAUUGACGUGGGAAUUGGUGGAAGAUGGCAUCAAACGAAAUUGUGUAUCGUUUUCUGUUGAUGAUGUUCAUACGGUUACACUACUCUCUCACGAAAAGAGCUACGAAAUUCGAAUCUCUCGAGACGACCCUGACACAUCUCUUCAUGACCUCUGUGGAUAUGUGUUGUCAGCAAUCCUCUACACUCUCAAAUGCCUGUUCCAACAUCUGGUUAUGCAUAUUGCAUUCCAAUGUCCCUCUUCUACUGAACGCAGCAUCAACCAUCUCUGUGCUCUCUCUAGGAAAUCACGAAUCAGGUUUAUCUGUGAGGUUUCCAAGAAAGCAGUUAGUCUCAAAUCAGAACAGCAAGUCUGGCUGGGGAAGCACGUGUGUCUAGGAAGCAGGACGGAACUAGAGGUGCUAAAGUUUGCUGAGGAUGGUUUCUUUUUCCACUGGAGCAAAGAGGGCUCUAGACGUCAGAUCAAGACAACUGACGAUCAGCCAAACACUGUGAGCUUCCCGAGUGUGAGAGAGGAGGACUUUGGUCACUACCAGUGUGAGGUGAAGGAUGCAGUUGCUGGGAAAGUGCUCCUCACUCUCUACACAGCUCUCUACAAAGACGAGUCAAGUAAUGCAGUGACUCCACUAGCCACUCCACACACAACCACUCAGUCAGCUCAUGAGAUGACAGCGACUGCAGCUCAGUUGAGUCAUGAGUGCUCAGAUGAAGCUCUUCUCCAGUUGUCUACCAAGAUUGCUGGAUACCACAAAUACAAGCACAGGCUGGGCCUCAGUCGUGCUGACAUAGACGAAAUCGAUAAUGAUCCGAGAGACUUUUACAGUACCCAAGGAAGAUUUUACACUGCUCUACUGAAGUGGAAGAGUAAAAAUAUCGAUUUUAAUAAUCCAUCAAAUUCAACAGCUACUUACGGUCAAUUAGUGGAGAUUGCUGCAAAGAUUGAGGACGGAGAGGCAGUUCGCAGCAUUCACAAGGCCUGUGUGGAGCAUACCAGACUGGAGGUCAUGGAUCAGUCAAGACCAUCAUACACUACCAACACUUAGACACUUAGGACAAUGGCCUGGAUUUACUAUAAGUAUACGCUCUCGUUCAUUUAAUAAUCUUUAUUACCACUAUGAAAUUUUCACUGCAGUAACUGUUAUUAAACAUUGAUGAUGGUCACCCUAG